AUGACCGCGAAGCUUUACCCAGUGAUCAUGAAAUAUCGUGGGAAAGUUAGGACUCGACAGCAUUUAGUGAAUGAAGACCUACUAGAUAAUAUUCUCGAACGUGUAUCGCCCUACCUUCAUCGAAACCAACCGGUAGACGUUCUGGACCUUUGGCCUGGGGAUGGUGUCUGGUCAUCUAAAGUGAAUGAACUUCUUCAACCUCGCCGCCAUGUGCUUCUUGAACCAAGUGAGCGAUAUCACGGGCUACUCACUCCGCUUGUCCAAAGCAAGUCGUGCUAUAAACUCGUCCAGCAAGAAAUAUAUGGGAAAUCCGAUUGGAGUGAUUUUAUGGCAACCAAUUUCCCAGAACAGGGCCCUCAAAAUCGAGAAGGCUGCGGGAUUAUACCAAAGAAUGACACACUACUCGUCGUGGCUAACCUGCCUGAUGCUGUCUCUGCGACGAAUCAUUUCACACCCAGCCGCUGGUUUCUCAACUUCUUGAAUACCUGCUUAAAACAAACUGAGCUUAAUAUGUAUGGGGCUGUACGCGUCCUUGCUACAAUGUCCGUCAACGAGGUCUCGGUUAUGUUACCGCGGUCCGUUACGGAGCGCGCACGAACUGGCGUAUUCGCGGAGACGAUAGGCCUACACAACAUAGAGAUUGCUAGUCCACACGACCAUGAGCGCUCUCCUCAAUCGCGAGGCUGGGAUAGCUUAACAGCGAACGCGAAGCGCGUGGCCGAGAGGGCUGCAGCACAUGGCAUUAUCACUCCUCCCGACAGACAGCUUCCUCCCUUGGAGGUGGUGCGACAAUCUACUCGCCACCCCAAAAAGGAGGCACCAUACCAGCCUCGGGUGUCUACUUCUCUUCACAAGAAAAUCUUCGCCACUAUCGACGCAGCAGAUAAGUUGGGUAUCGAUUCAUCCGCUGAAACCACAGACCCCAAAGCCAAGGGACUAAUUCGAAAGCGAGGAUUGGCAUUCACGGCCCUUGCUAGAGAUAAUUUAGCGGCUUACAACCGCCAUAAGCUCACCGAUAUGAUACUUGAGAUGGACGAGGCGGGCCGGACAUUUGCACGUGCAGCUGCGGAUCCCAAGGAGAGUGUUGAGGGGCUGAAGGCUAUGGAAGAUCAUAUGGCAUCUCUCGAAUCGAAUUUUGCCACUUUUUUCUCGUCCGUUCACCACGCUAUGCGGGAAAAAUAUGAGCAUACAGCCGAUGACGCCCGCUUAACUAGAAUCUCCAACAACUUUGACGAUUCCUACUUGGUACAUGACCGGCGGCCAUUCGAACCCCUAUACAUCCACUCCGAUGAGAUUUACCCUCGCACCAGCCCGGGGCAAGGAGUCUUAUAUUUCGAAGCAAACUCCAACCCUCCCGCUCUGAAGAAGACCUCUGACCUACCGAGUGGAGAGAGAAACGACGUCUUUGAACGUUUUUUUGCGCUGCUAAGCUGUGUGGGCAUCCGUGGCAAGACGCCAGUCUCGGAAAUACUCGAAAGACUUUUCCCGAUGGAGAGCAUCAAUGAUAUUGUGCGGGAUAUCCCGAGCCUUGCGAUAUUUGCCGGAAGACGACUCAAGAGUGGCUAUGGGCCGAUGCCCUUGCCUGAUGGUUCGACCUCAGACCCGGCUUUCAGCUAUCAGGAGAACAUUGACUAUGAUUUGAGCAAUGUUCGAUUCCGCAUUCUUUCUACGGAAGCGCUGGUCGACAUUGCGAUCAAGUAUGAGCAGCUUCCGGAGAAGCUCGAUAUCAUCCACUUUGGCCGGGCACUAGGCGGGACAUUGACUCACGCGCAGCUAGGGGGGGACCUUUUCUAA